AUGUGGGACUGGGUUGUACAGUGGUUGCUGCCCUCUGGUGAAGUACGCUCAGAAAUAGGAAAGGAUGAAGAAAAAGAGAACCAGUUGAAAAUAGUCGAGAAUUCACAGAAUGAGUUAUGCCGUCUUGAUAGUGAGAUUGAUUCUAUUACGGGUACACUUACACAAUGUGAAAAAACGCUUGAUGUCUUGUUUAAAAAGGAAUUACGGCUUCGUGAAGGUUUAGAAGCAUACCUUAUGGAAAUGCAUGAUUGCAAGAGUGGUGAAACCUCGUCAUUGUUAAAAGAAAAAGAAGAAGAAAAAGAACAACAACAAAGAAAUGUGAAGAUGGGGUUUGGAUCUGUGUUAGAUAAUGGUGAUGAUGAUGAUGAUGAUGAUGAUAAAAAUAACAGUGUGGUGGCAGAAAUUUGGAAUAUUCUCAUACAAUUCCAAGAGAGAAGGGAGAAGUUGCAAGAGCGUAGAUAUCGUCUGGAAGUUACGCUUCGGUGUUUAGAGGCGGAAAAGGACGCCGUGUCGGGAACACUGGAAUCUUUGCAGGAGCAUGUUAAUCAGAAUUCCUCUGAUUUGAUGGAAGAUAGAGAAGAAUAUGGAUUGGGUGUCCCAAUUAAUCCUCCACCCGUUUUAGUGGAACUUGUUGAGGAAUACCGUGAUGAACUAGAUAUGGGGCGUACAGUCUAA